UCUUCUCUUUCUCUCACUCUCUCUUACUCUCUCCUCAAAGAUACAAUGUACCGCAACAUUGUUCUUUCCUCUAUCCUUCUUCUUUUGAUUGUCGCUGGCAGUAGCCAGGCUGUGAGCAUCGAGCCACAGAGCGUCAAGCUGGCAUUCACCAACUCGUCCAGCGAGAUGCGUGUCACAUGGUACACAACUGGCCAGGGCUCUAUGCCCCAGCUGUUGCUCUCUGGCACCAAGUUCGCCAUGGACACCGUGAACACCACCACUUUGCUCGCCUCGAACGCCACCUCCAUCAACAUUGGCCAAUGGAGCCAGUGGACUGGAUACAUCAACACUGCUGUGUUCAAUAAGCUUGAGGGCAUGACCACCUACUACUACGUCUGCGGUGACCAAGCUAGCCAAGUUUGGUCUGAGGUGUUCAACUUCACCACCGGUGCUUUGACUCAUUCGACCGUCACCCCAUUCACCCUUGCUGCCUUUGGUGAUGUCGGUGGAGAGAAUGGUGCACCAACCCUCAAGAACCUCAUUGCCACCAUGAACAACUACAUGUUUGCUCUCCAUGUUGGAGAUAUUGCCUACGCUGACCUCCUCACUGCUAAGGCCCUUGGCAACCAGUCGGUUUGGGAUCAAUGGUUGAUGGACGCCAACCCAAUCACCUCCCACCUCCCAUACAUGACUGCCAUCGGAAACCAUGAUGUCUUCAGCCAGGAGCAGAUCUACUUGACCUCCUUCGUCAUGCCAGCUGCUGUUCCAAACACCACCUGGUACUCAUUCGAUUACAACGGUGUCCACUUUAUCGCCUUCUCUUAUGAGGAUAACUUUGCUGUCGACUCACCCCAAUACCAGUGGAUCCACAAGGACCUGUCAACCUUCCGUGCCUCCAACCCAAAUGGCUGGAUCGUCUCGUACGCCCAUCGUCCAAUGUACUGCUCUGGAAUUGACUCAUGGUGCACCGGUGCCCCACGCGCCAAGUUUGCCAAGGUCAUGGAGGACAUCCUCUACACCUACAACGUCGACAUCUACUUGUCUGGUCACGUCCACAGCUACGAGCGUACCCUACCAAUCUCCAAGAAUGUCACCAUGGGCACCUACGCUGCGCCCAGAGCCACCAUCCAUUGCGUCAUCGGUAUGGGUGGUAACCCAGGUGGUGAGGUAGCUGCCUUCAGCACCCCAGCCCCAGAGUGGUCCACCGGUCCACGCAUCAACGACACUGGUUACUCGACCAUGACCUUUGCCAAUGCCACCCAUCUUCACUGGAAGUUCUUUGACAACGCCAACAACUCGCUCGUCGACUCUGUCUGGAUCGUCAAGGGUAACUUCUCCGCUUCCCAGCCAACUACCACCUCUACAUCCACCACCUCUACCUCAUCCACCUCCACAACCUCCACCACUGCUCCUGCAACUACUACCUCCACCUCUACCUCCACCACUUCCACCACUGGACCAUCGACCACCUCGACUACCAGCACCACUGGUGCACCAUCGACCUCUACAACCUCAACCUCAACCACCAGCACCACAACUCCACCUACUGCCACCAUCACCAUUGGCAGCACCACUGUUGGAUCUUCAUCCAAGACCCAAUCUUCUCUCUUGGUAACAAUUGUUAUUGCUGCCAUCCUUUCU